UGACAGUAGAAAAUCAAUAUCACCAGACUCGGAAAAUGGGGAAAACGCACCUUGUGGACAGCAAAUAUGACCUGGCCAAGUGUCAGAUGUACAACGAAAAGAAUUCGUUUGCAUUUUGGAUCGUGAUUAUCCUACUGUUUUCACUGGCUUUGGGAAAUCUAUGUCUUACCUUGACUAUUACGGGAAUACUAAAAAUUUACAAGGGUAUGGAGAACAUUGAGGUGGUUCAGAGCGAUGAAGCAGUUAAAUUUUUCGGAAAUGUCGAUUUUGACCGCAUAUACAAGCGUGAUGGAAAGCUCGAAGGUUUCCAUGAGGAACCGAUGGAGAUAACAGGCGAGGAUGGGUCCGUAUCCAUCAAUCUGGUUAAUCGGAAUGGCCAUUCACACAACAAGAUUCAUCUGUCCAAAAAUGGAAGCACCUUGAAGGGAAUCAACCACUUUGAGGUAAAGGACGCUGCAUCAGGGCGACCGGUCUUUUCGACGUCGCGACCGACUUAUAACAUGCCGCUGGGGGCCAUUAUGUUGCACACGAAUCAGGUGAACGCAGGCAGAAUUGCCUCGCCAAUCAAUGAUACGCUCAAGUUCCAGACGCGAAAUAAAUUCACUCUAAAAGGAACCGAAGGAACGCGAAUUGAGGCUAAGGAAAUGAUCUGGACGGCCGAUCAAAAUAUCUACCUCAAGUCGGAUAACGGAAGUGUGGUCAUUGUAGGAGGAAAUGGGAUAUUUAUCAACGUCAACAGUUUACCGAUCGUUCAAAGUGAGCAUGGACUGCGAACCGGAUACAAUCAGUUUAAACUGUGCGUGUGCUAUCCAACGGGGAAACUAUUUCGUGUUCCGAUACCAAAGACGCACAGCAUGAGAGUUAGCUGCGCUCAUUUCAACAGUUGGAAUGAUCCGUGUGCUUAAAGUGGCCAGGCGAAUGGAGAAAGUGGUCGAAUUUCUUUUUGAAUUCUAAAUGUGUAACAAGUAAAAAAAUUACAUUAUAGAAAACUUGCAUUCAGUUACUACCAAUUAGGAUAUCAGUAGAAUUGUUAUACACUAGCCAAGUAAUGUUUGUGUAUUUUUAUUUAACAGCAUUGAAGGGACCAAUGCUGUACGAUUCAACUACGAGUGAUUUCUAAACAAAAAGUAGGAAGUCCGUAUUGAGAUUGUAAUAUUUAAGCUUUGUUUUGUAGUUUACUUAUAUUUUGUUUCCUUAAAGCUCAAGUCUAAUGUGUGCUAGUCAAUUGCCGAGAAUAGCUCUCACAAUAAGAAACUUUAUUAGCGAAUAAUUUACCUAAUUCACAAUAUCCAUUCAUCUACACCGACUGCUGAUUAAAUUGCAGCGAGAUUUAAAGCAACAUAAAUUUCUUUUUGAAAAUGAUACCUGCAACUUUCUAAGUAAAUUAGUAAGUGUACGAUCUAGUUUUUAUAUAUACCCAACUAUUACGAUUUA